GAAAAGUUUGAAGCAAAUGUAAAACGAAAGGGAGAGCUAGAACAUCAGGUAUUGUUUGUGAAUUCACUUCUGUUUCUAACUUCCAACCUGUUUUCCACUUCAACUAUUUCGUAACGUACCGUCCCUUGUGUCAACGUCAUUAAUUCGUGUACUCAGGAAGCCAACAAAUAUGCUACCUGCGGCACGGUUGAAUUGAAAAACAUGCGUAAUCCCUACUGUACAAAUUGAUCGGAGUUUUGUUUAAAUGGAUCAUUUUAUUUCCAUUAAGGUUGAUAUGUGUUCCAAGAAACUUGAACGUGCGGAGAAAUUGAUCAGCGGUUUAGGAGGCGAGAAAACAAGGUACAAAUACAGAGCACACCUCCUGUGGGUAUGCACUAACAUGUCUCACCCUGGGCUGCAAAAACGUUGUACACGCCGCCUGCCAAGAGCAGGUGUCUAAGACGAUAUCCUUUUGGAUGAGGCCUUCAUUCCCCCCCCACUUUUAGGACUUGUAUUUUGUCCGGAAGUAUAAUUCGGGUAUAACAUUGUGCCGGGAGGGUAAUACUGUAUAAACGCAUUGAAUUUCCAUGCUUUGGAUUUGAAUACUUUGUUUCGGAGUCUUUCACAAAGAUGCUAACACGAUGUUUUAUUUGUCAGGUGGACGAGUGCAGCAGAACAGCUUGGUAUAUUGUUUAAAAACUUGGUCGGAGAUGUUCUUAUCUCGUCUGCAGUUGUCGCUUAUCUUGGCGCUUUUACGUCUGCGUUUAGACAGGUUCGUACGUAGGAUCGUGUUUUUACCGUAUUAAGGGAAAACUAUUCGGAUGCGCGAAGGACGAGCAAAUUGAAUUCUUUCUCUCUUAUAAACAGCGGAAUUAAAUAGAGUAUUAUGUAAUUCUGCCGUGGGCUACCGAACCGGAGUGCCGCGAGGUCUCUGGUUUGGCAUACCAACGCUCUGACGAUUGAGCUGUUGGUACUACAAGAUUUUGUGAAUGUUUAUUUUUCACUUUAGGAACAAAUUAAACAGUGGCAAGAACUAUGUUUGUCGAAUGGCAUCCCGUGUUCAAAAGAUUUCUCGGUCACUGGAACAUUUGGUGAUCCUGUGAAAAUUCGGGACUGGAAUAUCUGGGGAUUGCCAACUGAUUCCUUUUCCGUAGAGAAUGGAAUUAUUAUAAGGUAAUAAGAGAGUGUGUUUGUAUGAACAGUAUAUACUUGAGGGAUUACAGGAUUCAACUAGACUAGCAGUGUAAUUCGGGCCAAUAUAUAUAUUUUUUUAGAAAUAAAAUCUCUAAUUGCAUUCUGCAUAUUCGCACUCAAGAAUAUACUAGUUCUCUUUGUUAUAUUUAGUAAUGCAAAUCGUUGGCCGCUGUGUAUCGAUCCUCAAGGUCAAGCGAACAAGUGGAUUAAGAAUAUGGAGAAAAAGAAUAACUUGCACGUGAUCAAGUUAACAGAUCAAGAUUAUGUAAGAACAUUGGAGAAUUGUAUUCAGUUUGGAACACCA